GUUUCAUUACCAAAUAUUCAAGAGUAAGUUUUUUGUUUUAAAUAAAAAUGAAAAUUAAAUAAUGAACAAAUUUUUGAAUUUUGAAAUUUCUUUAUUUGUAUAAUAAUAACAUAAUGUAUAUACAGUUACAUUAUAACAUGAUAUUAAUAGACUAUGCAAGGCGCCUUUUUAUAUCAUUCAAACAUCGAAAAUACACAGUGAAAAUCAUACAUAAAUUUACUAAUUUAAUAGGGAACAUAAUUAUCGACAAAGAAGCCAUAGGAACUUACACAAGAAGUAAUGUCAAUAGCAUGGGAUGGGAGUCUUAUUACACUUUAGAAAGCAUUUACACUUGGAUAGACGAUUUAGCUAAGGCGCAUCCAUCGGUCGUUAGUGUUAUAAGCGGUGGUACUUCACUUGAAGGACGAGAUAUUCAGGGACUGAAAAUAUCUCAUGGCUCUGGAAAGAGGAUAAUUUUCAUAGAAUGUGGUAUACAUUCCCGAGAAUGGAUCUCACCAGCUGUGUGCAAUUAUAUGACUAACGAACUUCUGACAAGUAAUAACGAAGAAACACGUGCCGCUGCUAGAGAUUUUGACUGGUACAUAUUCCCCGUUACGAAUCCUGAUGGUUAUGUAUGGACUCAUACUGAGUUUAGGAUGUGGCGUAAAAACAGACGUCCAAUCAGUACAGCAUCUGGUAUUAUAUAUGGGGUAGAUCUCAAUAGAAAUUGGAAUAACAACUGGUUGGUAAUUGGUGCAAGCACAAAUCCCUCAUCACAAACUUAUGCCGGAACGGGACCUUUCUCAGAGCCGGAGACCAGGACCCUUUCUGAGUACAUUCAAUCUAUGGCUGAUAAAAUCGACCUUUACCUAUCCUUCCACUCCUCGGGACAGCUUCUGUUAUUGCCCUUCGGUAAUACAACGGAACCGUUGGCUAAUUACGACGAUGCUAUUAAUAUUGGAAGACGUGCAAUGGGAGCACUUUCCGUUAGAUAUGGGACUCCAUACACUACAGGAAAUAUAGCAGAAGCAAUUUAUCACGCUUCUGGCAGCAGUGUCGAUUGGGUAAAAGAGCAUCUUAAAGUACCUUUAGUUUACUGUUACGAGCUUCGCGAUCGGGGUACCUAUGGCCAUUUACUGCCUGCUGACCAGAUUCUACCCACCGGUCAAGAGACUAUGGACUCGGUUCUAGAUCUCAUACAUCAAGCAAAGAGAUUUGGAUACAUGAAUAGUGGGAACUCUAUGAAGAUGUCAAUUUGGCUGUUCACUUCCCUGUUUGCGGUUUUGUACAAAAUCCUACCAAAAUUAGAAAAUCAUAUUAGUGUAUUGAAAGAAAUACAAAAUGCUGAAUUGCAUCUUGAUUUCUGGAACGACCCCAUACCUGAUGCUGAAUACGUUAUGGUAUUGGCGGGUCCUAGUGAGAAGAGAAUACUUGAAGAUUAUCUGAAUUUACACGGAAUUGAUCAUGAAAUAACAAUCACAAAUGUACAAGAACAUAUUGAUAAGGAAAUUGUUGAAAAGAACGUAAGAAGCGAUCAGAGAAGUAUGGUAUGGAAUGUAUACUACACUCUCGAUGGAAUCUAUGCGUGGUUAGAUAAUUUGAUUGCCUUCUAUCCAAAUAUUGUCAGCCCAAUAGUAGGAGGUGUAUCUUAUGAAGGCAGACCUAUCAGAGGCAUAAAAAUAUCUCAUGGCCCUGGCAAGAGAGCAGUAUUCAUAGAAGCCGGUAUUCACGCCAGGGAGUGGAUUUCACCAGCAACUGUCAAUUUUAUAACUAACGAGCUACUAAGUAGCGACGAUGAAGAAACGAAAUCCGCAGCCCGUGAUUAUGACUGGUACAUAUUUCCAGUGACUAAUCCGGAUGGCUACGUUUGGUCCCAUGAACAGUUCAGGAUGUGGCGUAAAAAUAGACGACCAAUUGGAUCAUCUUUUGGUGUAGAUCUUAAUAGAAACUGGAACAACAAUUGGCUUGUUCAUGGGUCGAGUAUUAAUCCCGCAGCAGACAAUUAUGCUGGCCCUGGUCCAUUUUCGGAACCAGAAAGCAGGAGUUUGUCAACGUACAUCGAAAAUAUUGGUGACCAGAUCGAUUUGUAUCUAUCGUUUCACUCAUUUGGUCAGCUUCUAUUGAUACCAUUUGGUAAUACUACAGAUCCAGUUUCGAAUUAUCACGAUGCGAUGAACAUUGGAAGACGGGCUAUGGGUGCUCUCUCAGUAAGAUAUGGAACACCAUACGUUACAGGAAAUAUAGCUGAGGCGAUAUAUUUAGCUACGGGAGGCAGCGUUGACUGGGUAAAGGAAGCGAUUAAUGUGCCUCUAGUAUACUGUUACGAACUCAGGGAUAGAGGACAAUUUGGAUUCCUUCUACCACAAGAUCAGAUAUUAGCGACCAGUGAGGAAACCAUGGAUUCUCUAUUAGAACUGAUACAUCAAGCAAAAAGAUUCGCAAGUGAAGAGCAUGUCAAAGUUUUAAAAGAACUUCAAGCAAUGGAAAUGAGUAAUUUGGAUUUUUGGAAUGAUCCCACGCUUUCAACGAAGUAUGUUCUAGUUUUGUCGAGUCCCAAUGAAAAACCAAACCUAGAAAAUUUCCUCAAGCAAAAUGGGAUCGACUUUACAAUAACAAUACCAAAUGUUCAAGAGCACAUAGAAAAAGAAAGCGUCUCGGGAUAUUCGAGAGAUGGCCGAAGUACCAUGAGCUGGUCCGAAUAUUACACACUCGAUGGUAUAUACUCGUGGUUAGAUCAUCUGAUAGCCAAUUACCCGGACGUCGUCACUGCCAUCACUGCGGGACAUAGUUACGACGGCAGACCUAUAAGAGGCCUGAGAAUUUCACAUGGUCCUGGAAAAAGAGCCGUGUUCUUAGAAGGUGGAAUUCAUGCAAGAGAAUGGAUAUCUCCAGCAACAGUUAAUUUUAUUACUAAUGAAUUACUAAAUAGCGAUGAUGAACUAACCAAAGCCGCUGCUCGUGAAUAUGAUUGGUAUUUAUUCCCAGUGACCAAUCCUGAUGGAUACCUCUGGUCUCAUGAACAUUGCACGGAGCAAGCACCAAUCCCGCCACUCAAACUUAUGCUGGCGCUGGACCGUUUUCUGAACCAGAAACGCGAGGAUUAUCCCGGUUUAUCAGAACUUAACAUCGGCAGACGGGCGAUGGGGGCUCUAUCAGUGAGAUAUGGAACCGAAUACGUGACAGGAAACACUGUAGAAGUUUUAUAUGCCGCUACCGGCGCAAGCGAAGAAUGGGUGAAGGAACAUCUUGGUGUACCUUUGGCGUAUUGUUAUGAGCUCAGAGAUAGGGGUGUGUUUGGUUUCUUGUUACCACCUAGCAAUAUCUUACCGACCGGUGAAGAGACCCUGGACUCUGUUAUCGAAAUGCUACAUCAAGCCAAGAGAUUCGGCGUCUUAAGGAGUUCAGCAUAUUACCUGAAGGGAUCAUUAAUAUUACCAGUAACAGAAGAGCAUGUAAAAGUUUUGCAAGAUCUUCAAACAAAGGAAGACAAUAAUUUGGAUUUUUGGAACAGUCCCACGCCUUUAGCAGAAUAUGUUGUAGUUUUGUCAAGUCCUAAUGAAAAACUCAAGCUUGAAGAGCUUCUCAAACAACAUGGGAUCGACUUUACCAUAACAAUACCAAAUGUUCAAGAGCAUAUCGACAAGGAAACCGUCACUGAUUAUUCGAGAGAUGGCAGGAAUAGCAUGAACUGGUACGAAUAUCAAACACUUGAUGGGAUUUACGCGUGGUUAGAUGAUCUCAUAUCCAAUCACUCGAACGUAGUCACUGCCAUCACUGCAGGACAUAGUUACGAAGGCAGGCCUAUAAGAGGUCUAAAAAUUUCUCAUGGCCCUGGCAGAAGAGCCGUGUUCUUAGAAGAACACGGAGCAAGCACCAAUCCCGCCACUGAGAUUUAUGCUGGUUCUGGACCGUUUUCUGAACCAGAAACGCGAAGCUUAUCCCGCUUUAUUAGGAGCAUCGGGGAUCAAAUAGAUGUCUACCUUUCAGUUCACUCUUUUGGACAGAUGCUUUUGAUACCCUUUGGCAAUACUUCAGAGCCACUCGGAAAUUAUUUUGAAGCGCUUAACGUCGGCAGGCGGGCAAUGGGAGCCUUGUCAGUAAGAUAUGGAACUGAAUACGUGACAGGCAACAUAGUAGAGGUUUUAUAUCCCGCUACCGGUGGAAGCGAAGAAUGGGUGAAGGAACAACUUGAUGUACCUUUGGCGUAUUGCUAUGAGCUCAGGGAUACAGGUUUUUUCGGGUUCCUUCUACCACCAGCCAUGAUCAUACCGACCGGUGAGGAGACCCUAGAUUCUGUGAUCGAACUGCUGCAUCACGCCAAGAGAUUCGGUGUUUUGAGGAGUUCAGGAUAUUAUCUCAAGGGAUCAUUGCUGAUGAUGUUAUCUACUAUUUUUAUGAUAUUAGUGAAUUCAAUUCUUCAUGAUUAAUUAAAUAUUAUCUAGUCACUAAAAUAUGUUUUCAUGCGA